GGAGACAGAAACUUUCCACAGCUGCCCGAGAGAUGCUGCAGCCUCCUAAAUAUAGCCGGUGGCGGCGAGAGGCUGAGAUACGCCGGGACGUCACUAUAUAAGCUGCGAAUGUGCGAGAUGUUCUCUCCAUAGCCGCACCUGCCUCCCCGCCAGUGUCACGUUUUCCGGCUCAGUUCAAUGAACCUGCAAUCCUCCACUGCAUUUCGAUCGGAGCACAGCUUCAAGAAGAGCUCCUCUUCCUCCUCCGUCGGUGGCGUCCAGAACCGCGAGCCAUUCAUGGACAAGACGCCGGGCAUCUUCAGCGAGGACUUCGGCAAGUUCCGCAGACCCCUGGGGGAACCGCUGGGCUUCUCAGGCAAGUUGGGGCCCCCCGCGGGACGAUUGUCUCUCUUCACACCAAUAUCUCUGCAGUUCCCACAUUUUUGGAUCCCCCCCGCCCCCCCACACAAAAAACCCGGCAUACCAACCUUUCCUGUAUGGCAGAGGUCUAUGACAUGA